GUAGCAAUAGCGUUUGGAUACGUGCGGAGGGAACUAUUGUGUACUGGCUUUGUCCCAGGAACCAGCUGGAGAUACAAGCCUGGGUUUUCUUUGAGUACCAUCUCACGUAAGGUCAGACAAAGCAGGCUUCAAAAACAACCCCAAAGAUUAAAAUGGGUUGCUUCACCUUUGUCAAAAUGAUGAUGGUCUUCUUCAACUUGCUUAUCCUGCUAAGUGGCCUGACCUUGCUGGCGAUGGGAAUCUGGGCCAGCGUGGACGCCACUUCCUUCGUACAGCUUCUGGGACCUUUCGCCAGCAAAGGCAUGCAGCACGUCACCGUUGCCUGCUUCUGCCUCGCCAUCGGGUCUGCCCUGGUCCUGCUGGGACUCCUGGGCUGCUGCGGAGCCCACAAGGAGAGCAAAUGUCUGCUGCUCACAUUCUUCUCCAUCGUCCUCAUUAUUUUCAUUGCUGAAGUGGCAGCUGCCGUUGUAGCGCUGACCUACUCGUCGUUUGCUGAGGGGAUCCUCCGAGCGUGGGCUACUCCUGCUUUACAGAAGGAUUACGGUACCGAUCCUGCGGUCACCAACAUCUGGAACACCACCAUGACGGAGAUGAAGUGCUGUGGUUUCAGCAACUACACAGACUUUGUGGGAUCCAACUUUGAGAAGGAGAACGGAGGAUUACCGCAGAGCUGCUGCCUGGCUAACAUUGCCGCCUGCAGUCCGGAGGCAGCAGGCCAAAGCGCUGUUCAGGGCUGUUUUGAACAAAUCCUGGCGUCUCUUAAAAAGCAUGCAAACAUUGUGGGAGGCAUUGCGGCAGGCAUUGGUGUCCUAGAGAUUUCGGCCAUGGUCGUGUCGAUAUAUUUGUACUGUCACCUGGACAAGAGAGCCAGCUGAGAUGGUAACAUAAUAAACAUCAUCACUACGAAUUUAUUCAAUACAUAUAUACAGUACACUGGGGGGAUAAGUAUUUGAUCCCCUGUUGAUUUAAUUCUUAUUAUUCUCUUGCUAAUUUUUACAGUAGGCUUAGAGUGAUGAUAGAAUAUCGACCAAAAAAAUCUGUGUUAAAGUACACCUACAAUUACUACAUUGUCAUUUAGCAACGUCAUGUCUUAUUGUCUAUGACUUAGCACUACUCAACUUCAGGUACAUGUCCACCAUGUUUUUUUUAGAACUGGGCUGACCACUCCCACAUGAUUGUGUUCU